UCCCUCCCUUGUUCUAUCUCGCCUUUGACUAUUGUAACUCCCUCCUCAUUGGCCGACCUCAUCGCAGGCUAUCCCCUCUUCAACUCAUCCACCUUACUAACCGUUCUGUAUCAGCCAUCCCUCUCUGCCAAUCCCCCCACUGGCCUCCACUCAGUGUCCUCCAUCCCUCUCUGCCAAUCCCUCCACUGGCCUCCACUCAGUGUCCUCCACCCCUCUCUGCCAAUCCCUCCACUGGCCUCCACUCAGUGUCCUCCACCCCCCUCUGCCAAUCCCUCUCACUGGCCUCCAUUCAGUGACCUCCACCCCUCUCUGCCAAUCCCUCCACUGGCCUCCACUCAUGUCCUCCACCCCUCUCUGCCAAUCCCUCCACUGGCCUCUACUCAGUGUCCUCCGCCCCUCUCU